AUUAUUAAAUGUUUCUAGGAAAAGCAGGAGUUAUGGCAUUAUAUGCAAAAAGGAAAUUUGAUCAAAAAGGUAAAUUACCACAUUAAUACUUAUUGGAUCAUCAAUCAAAAUUCUAAUCAUAAUUAAAAAAGAAGAAUAUUUACACUAUUUCAUAAUAUCCUAAAGGAGCUUGGUUUUUAGGCAUGGUCUUUUUUAUUUCAGGAAUUUCAUUGUUAUACAUUUUACUUAAGUAUGAUAAAGGAGAUCUAACUUUAUGGUGGAGAUAUUUUAUUAUCAUUGGAAUGACUAUGUAUUCUAUUUCUAAUAUCUAAAUAUUAGAUUGGGCAUCGUUUUCUUGACUACUGUUGAUCGAAUCAAAUAUGAAAUACAUAAAAAUCAUCAAAUCUUAUUAAUUGAAAGGAUGAAUCCUUUUCUCUUCUGUCGUAAAAUUACAAUCAUCAAAGAUUUAGAAUAAUUAGAUGAUAUUAGAAUUACAAAAAAAGGUCACAAAUCAGUUGAAUAUUAUACUAUUCAAUUUGUUUUUAAAGAAUCUAAAGUUGAUACACUUGAAUAUAAUGAAUUAAGAGAAACUAAAUUAAAAUUUACAGAAAUUACAACAUUUCUAGACUAAUAAAAAGAUCUAGGAAAAAUUAAAAUUGAAUAAGAAGCAGAUCCAUAUUAUGAUUUCGUAAACAAUUCUAACAUUAAUAAUAAUGAUAAUAAAAAACCAAACUUAUAAGAAAUGCAUAAAGUUAAUUAAUCAUCUUAUGAUAAUUUAGAAAAUCAAAGAUCAACAUUUUAAGAAAAAGAUAAAGAGAAUGAUGAAUUAUUAUGA